UUCCAUCCAAUCAGACAAUGUUGUGUGUAGUGUAGUUGCCGCAAAGACGUUGCUGGCUCCACAUGUAGAAGUACUGCUGCUAUAACCUUGAUUGAUCAAUUUCUUCGUUUGAGACAAGCCUUAAAAGAGCAACAUGCAGGCUGCUAUGGAGAUCACGGCAAAGUACUGCCAUAAAGAAAUGGAGGCGUAUGGGUCAUGUGUAGCCUCCAACCCAUCGACAUGGCAAUUAAAGUGUCAUGAACUGAAGAUUAAGGUUGCACAGUGCACAUCAUCGCACCCAGUGAUCCAGAAGAUCAGACAAGAUUGUUCCUCGGAGUUUGUAGAGUUUGAGCGCUGUCUGAGAGAAAACCAGGACAAACCUACCUCCUGCUCACAGCAUGUGGCUCGCUUUCUGGGCUGUGCAGAGACAGUAGACCUCAGUGGAGUAGACCCAGUACCUCAGCCAUCGUAGUAUUCAGACCUCUUCCAUCACCCUCAGAGUCCUCCUGUCCCCACAGCAGCACAGACGGGCUGGUCUCACAGGUGCACCAACCAUGUUACUGUAUUUACAGUGACUGUUAGGAUACCUCUUUUCCUCUGUGUUACAUAAUGGGAUUAUUUUUCUUUCUUCAACAAAGAUAAAGGAGAUGAAUGCAACAUUACUGUGAGUAAGACCCUGUGUAGAAUAUGUAAUUACUGCGUUGUUCUUCUUCUCAUGUUGUGUUAAUUUAAAAAAAAAAAAAAACAUUUCUACUUGCCUUCUGUAUGAAGGAAGUCUGUUUUUUACAUAUUUGUAUUGAACCAUCUAAUUAAAUUUGACAUCAGACUUGUAUUAAUCA